UGGGGAACCCUGCACUUCUCUAGGCUCACAGUAUCUGACAAAGUCGCCGCAGUGUCCUUGCGCAAACAAGUGUCUCGUGCAGUGAAGCCUCGUGGCGCUCGCGUCCAUGGCUCCGUCUGCUUCCCACCACGUCGUCGCCCUCGCGCUCGUCCUCCUCGUGCCUCACCUGGCGGGCGCCGCCUCUAGCCCGGCGACGGCUGCCCACGUCGCCGAAGACCUCCUGGGCGCGGCGCGCGCCCCGGCGUUCGCCGCGUGGAUGCGCGGCCUGCGGCGCCGCAUCCACCGGCACCCGGAGCUGGCGUUCCAGGAGCACCGCACCAGCGAGCUCGUGCGCGCCGAGCUCGACGCGCUCGGCGUCCCCUACGCGUGGCCCGUCGCCCGGACAGGAGUCGUGGCCACCAUCGCCGGCGGCGGCGGCGCCGGCCCCGUCGUCGCGCUCCGGGCAGACAUGGACGCGCUACCCGUUCAGGAAAUGGUGGAUUGGGAGCACAAGAGUCAGGAGGAUGGAAAGAUGCAUGCUUGUGGGCAUGAUGCUCAUGUCACCAUGCUUCUUGGAGCCGCUAAGCUACUCCAAUCUUGGAAGGACGACUUGAAGGGUACUAUCAAGCUUGUGUUCCAGCCAGCAGAAGAGGGGUUCGCUGGGGCCUACUUCGUUCUAAAAGAAGGUCUCCUGGACGAUGUCUCGGCCAUCUUCGCCUUGCAUGUCAUCCCGGAUCUCCCGGUAGGCGUUGUGGCAUCCCGGCCAGGACCACUCCUUUCAGCUGCAGCUCGGUUCGCUGCAGCAUUCACCGGGAAAGGAGGGCACGCCGGUGGCCCUCACGACACCAUUGAUCCUGUGAUUGCUGCGUCCUCCGCCAUCCUCAGCCUCCAGCAACUUGUCUCCCGUGAAACCGAUCCUCUUGAAGCUGCUGUGGUGUCUGUCACAUUGCUGAAAGGAGGUGAAGCUUACAAUGUCAUCCCGGAGUCGGUGACAAUUGGUGGCACCUUCAGAAGCAUGACCGAUCAGGGUCUAUCAUAUCUCAUGAAGAGGGUCAAAGAGAUCAUAGAGGCCCAAGCCACCGUGAACCGCUGCGCCGCCACCGUCGACUUCCUAGAGGAGGACCUCCGGCCGUACCCAACCACUGUCAACGAUGAAAGGAUGUAUGCCCAUGCCAAAGAAGUAGCCGAGGGCAUGCUUGGAGAAGCCAAUGUCAAGAUUGCUCCCCAGACCAUGGGUGGCGAGGACUUUGCGUUCUAUGCGCAGAGAGCGGCGGGCGCCUUCUUCAUGAUCGGCGUCGGCAACGAGACCACCAUGGAGAGGGUGCGCCCGGUGCACUCGCCGUACUUCGUCAUGGACGAGGACGCUCUUCCGAUUGGAGCUGCGUUCCAUGCCGCCGUGGCAAUUGAGUAUCUGAACAAAAACCAGUGCGCCUCAACCUCAAAGUAAGAAGCUCUUUUAAUUUGGUCAGCAAGGUGCUGCAUGGAUUCCUGAAAUGGGAAUGCAAAUUCUCCUAGUUUGAUACCAAACCAUGUAGGUUUUGCAAUGAAAAGAAAAGGAGCAAACCUUAUAUGUAUGUAGUAUAUUGAAAGACUUGUUUGUCAUAACUUUCUGGGUACCAAGCAUGUGCAGUAAUUUUUUUCUUUCAAAAUUUGUAUCAUA